UCUAGUGUAAACAAGAAAUAUUGUUUUCCCUUUCUGCAGAUCAUCUUCUACGAGGACAGGAACUUCGGGGGGCGCAACUAUGAGUGCAGCAGCGACUGCGCUGACCUGAACUCCUACUUCAGCCGCUGCAACUCCAUCCGAGUGGAGAGCGGCUGCUGGGUUCUGUACGAGCGCCCCAACUACAUGGGCUACCAGUACGUCCUGAACAGAGGAGAGUACCCCGACUACCAGCGCUGGAUGGGCUUUAAUGACUGCAUCAGGUCCUGCCGUGUCUUCCCACACUACAGUGGCUCCUACAGGAUGAGGAUCUAUGAGAGGAGUGACUUUGGGGGUCAGAUGAUGGAGUUCACCGACGACUGCGAGUCGGUCCACGACCGCUUCCGUUUCCGUGACAUCCACUCCUGCAAUGUGAUGGACGGCUACUGGACCUUCUACGAGCAUCCCAACUACAGAGGCAGGCAGUACUUCAUGAGGCCCGGAGAGUACAGGAAGUUCAGCGACUGGGGCGCCAGCUGUGCUACUAUUGGCUCAUUCAGGAGAGUGAUGGACUUUUAAAGUUCUGAUCUUCCUUAUCCUACUGCAAUCUGAAACUACAAUAAACAAUUGAAAUACCUCA